AUGAAGGGUACUAGUGGGUUGGAGAAUAUUGCAUUUACUUUGAACCCUCAAUCGAAAACUUCCAAUUUCAUUGAAAGUCAAUGUUCAGUGCUUACACAGAGGUCAAAUGUGGGUGUGCUUGAAACUGGCGCUGGUGUGGGUGGUUCAUGGGAUUUUUAUGUUGCAGAUGGCAAUGUUGGUUUAACAGUGGCUGUUGGUUCAAAUUUGGACAGGGAAGAAACUGAUUUUGAGGAUAAUAAUGAGGGAAUAGAAAAGAGGGCAGUAGACAUUGAUGAUGUGAAAGAUUUACCAAUUUUUGAGUCUGAUUCAGAUUACAUUCCAAGAGAUAGCUCUGAGAGUGAUGUUGAUGAUAGGACAGAGCAUGGUGAGGGCUCAAAGUUUCACAAGCCAAGAAAGUGGACUAAAAAAACAAAGUUGCCACAAUUGACAGAGUUUAAAGAUGAUGUUGAUAUAGAGAAGCCAGUUUUCAAGUUGGGUUUGGUCUUUAGCUCAGGGGCUGUGUUUAAACAAGCUGUGAGGGAAUAUGCAAUAAUGAAUGGAAAAGAUAUUUGUUUUAAGAAAAAUGAUCCUCAUAGAGUAAGAGCUGUUUGUCGCGGUGUAAACUGCUAUUGGGUGUGUUUUGCCUCAAAGAUAGAUGACAGUCAAACAUUCUUCAUCAAGACUUAUAUCAACGAACAUAAGUGUUCGAGGAACAACACCAAUCGUUUUGCAACUUCAAAGUUGUUGUCAAAAAAGUAUUUAGAUGAAUUUAAGAGUAAUGAGAACUGGCAUCUUUCAGCAUUCAUUCAAAAAGUCAGCAAAGACCAUGUGCUAGAGGUUUCAAAACAUAAGGCAUACAAAGCCAAGCGACUAGCAACCAAAACCAUCGAAGGUACUUAUGAAGAACAGUACACUGCACUUUAUGAUUAUGCUGAGGAGAUCAAGUAUACCAACAAGGGUUCAACUGUUGAAUUUCUGACAGAUAUGGCACCGAAUGGAAAACCGCGAUUUAAAAGGAUGUAUAUUUGUUAUGCAGGCUUAAAGAAUGGUUUCAAUGAAGGAUGUAGACCUGUGAUUGGUUUAGAUGGGUGUCAUAUCAAGGGGCCACACCAAGGACAACUCUUAACAGCAAUUGGGAUAGAUGCAAAUAAUGGCAUGUACCCUAUUGCAUUUGCUGUGGUUGAGAUUGAAAAUAAGGAUUCAUGGUCAUGGUUUAUGAACUUAUUGAAGGAGGAUUGUAAGAUAUUGAAUUCAAAUCAUUGGACAUUCAUCACAGAUAAACAGAAGGGAUUGGAAUAG